CGGGUUUGGCUGGGCUGGGCUGGGCAGCUUAGCGCCGAUCCGCGCGGCCGGCUCAGAGGCUUGCCAGCCGCUGGGACCGAGCUGGAGGCGGUGCUGCGGGCCGGCACAUCCCGUUUGGGUUGUGGGAGGCGGGCGGGCCCUGAAGGGCGCAGAGCCGGCCAAGCGCUGCUGGGUCUUGGCUCUGUGCGCCCAGGGGCGGCUGAUGCCCCCAGCGCUCCCCUCUCCGCUGCUGCAUCCGGGCCGCAUCUGGACUGGGCGCCGCGCUGCGGAGCCGACGCCGGGCCAACAUGCUGCUUGGGGCAUCUUUGGUGGGGUUGAUGGUGUUCUCCAAGCUGGUGCUGAGACUACCCUGGACCCAAGUGGGGUUCUCCCUGCUGCUUCUCUACUUGGGAUCUGGUGGCUGGCGCUUCAUCCGGAUCUUCAUCAAGACCUUCAGGCGUGAUAUCUUCGGCGGCCUGGUGCUCCUCAAGGUGAAAGCAAAGGUUCGACGGUACCUGCGGGAUCAGGAAACUGUGCCCGUGUUGUUUGCCUCUACAGUACAGCGCCACCCCAACAAGACAGCCCUGAUCUUCGAGGGCACAGACACCCACUGGACCUUCCGCCAGCUAGAUGAUUACUCAAGCAGCGUGGGCAACUUCCUGCAGGCCCGGGGCCUGGCUUCAGGCGAUGUGGCUGCCCUUUUCAUGGAGAACCGCAAUGAGUUUGUGGGCCUGUGGCUUGGCAUGGCCAAGCUGGGCGUGGAGGCGGCACUCAUCAACACCAACCUCCGGCGUGAUGCUCUGCGCCACUGCCUUACCACAUCCCAGGCUCGUGCCCUUAUUUUUGGUAGUGAGAUGGCCCCAGCUGUAUGUGAGAUCCAUGACAGCCUGGACUCCUCACUUAUCCUCUUCUGCUCUGGCUCCUGGGACCCCAAUACAGUGCCCAUUGGCACAGAGCACCUGGACCCUCUGCUGGAAGAUGCCCCCAAGCACCUACCAAGUCGCCCUGACAAGGGCUUCACAGAUAAACUCUUCUACAUCUACACAUCGGGCACCACAGGGCUACCCAAAGCUGCGAUCGUGGUGCACAGCAGGUAUUACCGCAUGGCUGCCCUGGUGUACUACGGGUUCCGCAUGCAGCCUGACGACAUUGUCUAUGACUGUCUCCCCCUUUACCAUUCUGCAGGAAACAUCGUGGGUGUUGGUCAGUGCUUGAUCCAUGGCAUGACAGUAGUGAUCCGAAAGAAGUUCUCAGCCUCCCGGUUCUGGGAUGAUUGUGUUAAAUACAAUUGCACAAUUGUGCAGUACAUCGGUGAGCUGUGCCGCUAUCUCCUGAACCAGCCGCCCCGGGAAGCGGAGACCCAGCACCAGGUGCGCAUGGCUCUGGGUAACGGCCUCCGGCAGUCCAUCUGGACCAACUUCUCCAGCCGCUUCCACAUCCCCCAGGUGGCCGAGUUCUAUGGAGCCACUGAGUGCAACUGCAGCCUAGGCAAUUUUGACAGCCAGGUAGGAGCCUGUGGCUUUAACAGCCGUAUCCUGUCCUUUGUGUACCCCAUCCGGCUGGUACGUGUCAACGAGGACACCAUGGAGCUGAUCCGGGGACCUGAUGGCGUGUGCAUUCCCUGCCGGCCAGGCCAGCCGGGCCAACUGGUAGGCCGCAUCAUCCAGCAAGACCCUCUGCGCCGCUUUGAUGGCUACCUCAACCCGGGUGCUAACAACAAAAAGAUUGCUAAGGAUGUCUUUAAGAAGGGGGAUCAAGCUUAUCUCACUGGUGACGUGCUGGUGAUGGAUGAGCUAGGCUACCUGUAUUUCCGAGAUCGCACAGGCGACACAUUCCGCUGGAAAGGGGAAAACGUGUCGACCACCGAGGUGGAGGGUACACUCAGCCGCCUACUGGACAUGGCUGAUGUGGCUGUAUAUGGUGUUGAGGUACCAGGAACUGAAGGUCGGGCCGGAAUGGCUGCCGUGGCCAGCUCCACAGGUAGCUGUGACCUGGAGCACUUUGCAGAGGCCUUAGAGAAGGAGCUGCCCCUGUAUGCCCGACCCAUCUUCCUGCGCUUCCUGCCUGAGCUGCACAAAACAGGGACCUACAAGUUCCAGAAGACAGAGCUACGGAAGGAGGGCUUUGACCCAGCUGUUGUGAAAGACCCGCUUUUCUAUCUGGAUGCCCGGAAAGGCUGCUAUGUCCCGCUGGACCAAGAGGCCUAUGCCCGCAUCCAGGCAGGCGAGGAGAAGCUGUGAUUUGCCCCCCACAUCCCUCUGAGGCCAGUGAUGCUGGAUCCAAAGCCUCAGCUUCCACUCAGAGGGGUCCUGGGUGAUGCCAGACCAAAGCAAGCAGGGCCACACCUCCUCCCUGAGGUGCUGACCCCUCCCUCCACAACUGCCAAGUGACUCACUGCCGCCUCCACACCCUUGCAUAAGCUUUCUGUGAAAGCUGCAUGUCCAAGUGAUCUUCUGGGCCCCAGGCUGAGACUAACGGGGGGCCGCCUCAGGAUGUCGUCUUGGGUCAGGCAGGGCAGGGAGAGGCAUAGGGGUCACAAAGCUCCCUCCAAAGAACAGGGGCUUUUCAUAAACGGGACCAAGGCAGAAGCCUCCAGACUCAGGAAGCCAAGCGAUUGGGCAGGAACAGUAAUGGCCAUCAAUCUGAUGACCAGAAAGAAUCUGCCCCAGAGCUGCCCACCCCUCUAGGUGGAGAGGAGGAAGACCCGACGUGGCCCCACCAUACCUCACCUGCAGCAGGAGGUCAGGACACCAACCCUUAUCUCUCCAAACCCCUACAUCUUCAUCUGCUUGGGGGGUACCUGGCUGUCUUACAGGCCCUGUCUGUAUGGGUCAGCGUCACUAUCUCCAUCUCCUUCCUGGCCUGGCUAUGAGAGGAGGAGGAAUGGGAGGGUGGCCUUCAGGCCAAUAAACUCUGCCUUGAUGCCUCCUA